UGUGGUUGCCGUGACGACGCGGCGCUCCUGGCGACAUCUUUCAGGAAAUGAAUUUAAAGAAAUGAGAAAUCCAGGAACUUGAACUGAAACGAGUCACGGCGGGUUGGACCGAAGAGUCGAAGAAUAAACGCUCUUUAAGUUCGUUUGAAUGUUGGGCACGCGGAGCAGAAGGAGAUAACAUGCUGAUAAAGGAAUUUCGAAUCGUCCUGCCCAUUUCUGUUGAAGAGUACCAGGUGGGUCAGCUGUACUCGGUAGCAGAGGCCAGUAAGAAUGAGACGGGUGGUGGAGAAGGGGUGGAAGUCCUGCAAAACGAGCCCUACGAGAAAGAGAAUGGAGAGAAAGGACAGUACACACACAAGAUCUACCACUUGCAGAGUAAAGUGCCAACUUUUGUACGAUUACUGGCCCCUUCAUCUGCCCUGAGUAUCCAUGAGAAGGCCUGGAAUGCUUAUCCUUACUGUCGCACAGUUCUUACGAAUGAAUACAUGAAGGACAAUUUUCUAGUUAUGAUUGAGACAUGGCACAAGCCUGACCUCGGUGAACAGGACAAUGUCCAUAAGCUUGACCCCGAACAGUGGAAGAAGGUUGAGGUGGUGCACAUUGACAUUGCUGACAGGUCUCAGGUGGACACUAAGGACUACAAACCAGACGAGGAUCCAGCCACAUUUAAAUCACAGAAGACUGGUAGAGGGCCAUUAGGACCUGACUGGAAGAAAGAACUUCCUCAGAAGAAGGACUGCCCUCAUAUGUGUGCCUAUAAACUAGUCACUGUCAAGUUCAAGUGGUUUGGCCUGCAGAAUAAAGUGGAGAAUUUCAUUCACAAGCAAGAGAAGCGUCUGUUCACCAGCUUCCACAGGCAGCUCUUCUGCUGGUUAGACCGAUGGAUCCAUCUGACCAUGGAGGACAUCCGCCGCAUGGAGGAGGAGACACAGAAAGAACUCGAUAAUAUGCGAGAGAAGGAUCCAGUGAAAGGGAUGUCUGCCGCAGAUGAAUGAGGUGCUGCAGCUGAUACUAUGUUGUAUUGGAAGAUGUCUCUGCUGCAGUAUGAUGGGCUGCUCUCUCUCUUCACUCCAGUAGUUUUUCUCUUUUCUUCACAUCUGCACCCAGGACAUCCCAUCCAGAGGUGUUUCUUACACUAAUAAAUAGCAACAUGUUUUUUCAACCCUUGUUUCUAACUUUUAUUUUGAAAGUGUUUCAUAAAUAUGUUUAUCAACCUGUUUUUUUUUUUUUGCAAAUUUGACCGACAUCAGCACUUGUUCAAAUAACCCCUCACUACCUGUAUCACCAGCAUGUUAACAUGUUUCUCUAACAAACGUUUCCUCCCUUGAUGUAUUUGCUGCAGGUGUUAUUUUCUAUUUGUACAAGAUGAAGCUGCCUCAUGACAAAUCACCACGAGUUUAUGGUAUUAGCGGGUUGCAGCUGACCCAUUGUUACUCAUAAGCCACUUUUCUCAGGACUUUUAGUAGAUCUGAAAGGACUAAAUUCUACUCAUUUGGUAAUGCCAGGUUUACAGUCAUGACGUAACAAACUUGGUUUAGUUCAGCUGAAUUUCCACACAGGAUCUAGGGCAUUAAAUAUAAAUGUCAUGUUGGGUUAUAGAUGUAUUAGCACAUGUUUUGGGCUAUGCAUUGUGCCUCUGUCAUACAAGGUUUAAUUAUGAACUGUAUUCAGACAUUUAAAUGGUAUUCUGCUGUUCUGUUCCACUUUCUCCUUAGGACUCUGUGUUUAUUGGGCUCGGAUACAGUGUAUUACUCGUUUCAUAAUUAUGCCUCAUGACCUGAUAAUGAAAUUUAAAAUAAUUUAUAUUAAUGUCUUUAGUGUGUAUUCAUUCAGUGGUCUUUGUUGUGUGCAGAGAUAUUGAGAACUCAUUUAGUAAAUAAAGUCGUUGCA